UUUAUCCCAUAGGCAGCUUAUCCAGCAGGUACUGAGCGUGGUCCCGAUCCACAACAGCUACAUCCUGACCGUCGAUCACAUUCCAAUCCAAAGGCUAAUAUUAAACCACGAUCCAAAUCCACCCACCUUUGAUUAAUCCAAAACGUUAUGGCUCAAAACACGGCCACGCUCAUCAUUCCUACGCCGUCGAUCAAAUUCAAUCCAACGGUUACUGUACCAUCACAGCAUCUUCCCUUUUUUUUUACCCUCUGCUUUACUGUAACAUUAACGUCCCGCUCUUUUUUUUUCUCACCUACUCUCUCUCUCUACACCAUUUUUUUUCUCUCUUCUUGCAACUUAGGACAUUCUUUUUUCUUGUCUUUUUUUUUUAAUAAAAAAAAUUAAAAGCAGAAAUGCAAGAUCAAGCGACAAGUUCUAUGGCGGCCAGCUCUUUGCCUUCUAGUAGUGAGCGAUCUUCGAGCUCUGCCCUUAAUCUUGAAGUCAAAGAAGGUAUGGAGAGUGAUGAUGAGAUAAGAAGAGUGCCGGAGAUUGGAGGUGAGGCGACCGGUCCCACAACUUCGGGCCGUAACGGCGGCUCCACUGCAGGUACCGCCCAGCCAUCCUCCGGCAGUACAAAGAAGAGAGGGAGAAGCCCGGCGGACAAAGAAAACAAAAGGUUAAAAAGGUUGUUGAGGAAUAGAGUUUCGGCACAGCAAGCAAGGGAGAGGAAGAAGGCUUAUUUGACGGAUUUGGAGGUGAGGGUUAAAGAGUUGGAAACCAGUAAUGCUGAGCUGGAAGAAAGGCUUUCCACUAUGCAAAACGAGAACCAAAUGCUCCGACAGAUACUGAAGAACACAACUGCAGGCUUACAAGAGGGGAGAAAAUAGGUAUAAAUAUUGUCAUUCAAGUUCGGAGAUUAAAAGGGAGAGAAGAAACAACGAGUACACACGUCGAUGUGGUUUUGCGGAUCUUCAUAAAUACAACCUGAGAUGAAGCUUAUAUAUAUAUAUACAGAGAAGAUAAAUCAAGAUUAUGUAUUAGGAUAAAUCAAAAUUGUCUUGGAAUGGAGUAGUUGGUUACACUAUGUAGUAUUGUUGUCUGAUGAAAGACAGUGUUUGUGAUAGUUAGAGUGAAAAGUGACGCAUCAUCUUUCCAUGUAUAAUUCAAGAAUAAAUAAAAAAUGUGUUCUUGAUGUACUACUAC